UUGAGCUUCCGUAGUCCCGCCCCCUGCCUCUCUGCUUCGCGUUGUUGCUUACGAAACAGAGCGACAUGAGCAGACACGGUACUGAGUCCAGCCAGCAGAUGGACAAAGCUGCUGCAACACCAGCAAAGAAGGAGAAACCGUACCGCUGUGUCAAGUGUGGAAAAACCUUUUGCCGGAAAUACACUCUGAAGACACACCAGCGUCUUCACACGGGAAAGAAUCUGCACCCCUGUGACCAAUGUGAUAGAGUGUUCUACACUUUACAUAACCUACAGUCACACCAGCUUGUUCACAGUGGAGCGAAACCAUACACAUGUCACCAGUGUGGGGGAAGUUUCAGCCGGUCAGCACAUCUGCGAGAACAUCAACAAAACAAUAGUGAAGGACAACCAUACACCUGUGAUGAAUGUGGGACCACUUUCAGCCUGGCAUGUGGCCUAAAAUCCCAUGUUCAAAUCCACCAUCGGAAAAAAAUAUACAAAUGCGACCAAUGUGACACGACAUUCUCCAUGAUAUUUGAUUUGAGGAAACACAAACUGACUCACAGUGGAGAUAAACUGUACACCUGUGAUCAGUGUGGGAAAGCUUUCAACCGGGCAUCUGACCUGAAAUCCCACCUUCAAAUCCACAUGAGGGUCAGGCUCCACAAAUGUGACCAGUGCGACAAAGCGUUCUACAAAUCAUCUGAAUUAAAACAACACCAACGCACCCACAGUGGAGACAGGCCCCAUGUCUGUGACACGUGUGGGAGAGCUUUCAGGCUGUCGUCAACCCUAAAUUCGCACAAGGUCACCCACAGCGAAGAAAAACCAUAUACGUGUGACCAGUGUGGGAAGAGUUACCGCCAUUUAACUUCAUAUAAGAAUCACCAGAAUAUCCACAGCAGGGACACAGUGUACGCCUGUGACCAGUGUGGGAAGAGACUAUGUUCCUUGACCUCACUGAAGUCUCACCAGCGCAUCCACUCUGGGGAGAAACCGUACCAGUGCCGAUUCUGUGAGAAAAGCUUCAUCAGUUUGUCAUCAUGGAUAAACCAUAAGUUGUGUGUUCACAUGAUGGCUGGAAAACGGUUCAGAUGUGACCAGUGUGGGAAGAGUUUCAGUACCAACUAUUCCUGCAUAGUUCACAAACGUAGGCACACUGGUGAGAAACCGUAUCAGUGUCAGCAGUGUAUGAAAAGUUUUGUUUCGCCUUCCUGCCUCUCCAGACAUGAACGCACCCACACUGGGAACAAACUGUACUGGUGUCGAGAGUGUAAAAAAAGCUUCUCCAGCGUAGAUCAUUGGAAGAGGCAAGGAAAAUUAAAACCGAGGAAUAAGUGCUCCUCUAUGUGCAUGGUCAAGCUGGAGCAGUAGAAGGUCUGCUCAAGAUGGGUCAAUUGUCAAGAAAGUAAGAUGUGAUUGUUCACAAGGCUUGGAGAAAGAAACUGGUAUUUGUGAGAGGAAUAUUCUUUGACGGUUCAGAAGUGAAGACAAUAAUCAGAAGCAAAACUGAUGUUGAAGAAGAACAAGACUGUGCCAGAUGGGUGAGUAUGUGACCCCUGACAUCAUCUGCAGCAGUCAGGGAUCAGUUACACAGACUGCAUUCAUAUAGGGCUUUCCCAUCUGAUGCACACACUCAAGGAACCUUUCAGAAGAUGGCCUUCAUUCCCUCCAGGAGAGCUUUCUGCUGACUAUUUACAGUGAUACAAGUCUUGCCUCAUCAACAGGUGUCCCAAGGUGUACCAAAAACCGCCAUGUACUAUUUAAGUGCUGUAGAUUUUUCUUUAUCUGUUGUAUGUCUGGAUCAUAGAAUUUUAUUGUAAUUUAGUAAAUACUCUACUAACACCUGUGCCACCACAGAGUACAUGUGAAGGUGUAAUGCACGAAAUACAGCACCUGCCACAUCGCAGAAAUUUCAAACCUGGACUAUUUUGAACUAUUUCGCGUCUGGGUGAGGUGAGACGCACAUUCAUAAUGCUGUUGUUGUGCACGUUGCAAUGUGGUGCACUUUUCUGUACGAUCCUGCCUUAAACUGCACGUGUAUGACGUGUUGUUUUUGGU